GUUGAACAAUUCCCUAGAAUCCAUCCCCAAGAAAUCUGUCUGCCUGGAAAUGCCUAGAUUAAACUGGCUAGAACUGGAAGGGAACAGGAUUUCAUCUUUGUGGGUUUCCAGCUUUCAAAACUGCACCACUCUAACAGUACUGGCUCUUCGAAAGAACAGAAUACAAACCAUUGAGGAGGGAAUCUUUUUUGGAAUGCCAAACCUGAUAGACCUGGACGUAUCUGUAAACAAAAUUGAGGAGUUCUCCUCAACUAUGUUUAGAAAUCUUCAAAACCUAAAACAGUUGAACAUCUCAAAUAACCCUCUAACUCAUAUCUAUGAUGAUCAGUUUGACAUGUUUGUCAAUUUGCAGUCUCUGAGUAUAGAGGAGGUUGAGAUACCAAACAUCAGUAUUCAGAUGUUUCGCUCUCUUAGCAACUUGUCCCAUAUUUAUUUUAAGAAAUUUGAAUACUGUGGCUACUCUCCUAAUGUGCGAAGUUGCAAGCCAAACACUGACGGGAUUUCAACAUUUGAGAAUCUUCUUGCGAACAUCAUCCUUCGUGUUUUUGUGUGGGUGGUGGCCUUCAUCAUCUGCUUUGGCAACGUCUUUGUGAUCUGCUUGAGGUCUUGCAUUGCAUCUGAAAACCACCACCACACCAUGGCCAUCAUAUCACUGUGCUGUGCUGACUGCCUGAUGGGAGUCUACCUGUUCUUCAUCGGUGCGUUUGACAUCAAAUACUGUGGAGAGUACAACAGACAUGCCCAGCUGUGGAUGGAGAGCCUGCAGUGCCAGUUGAUUGGCUGUCUGGCCAUGCUGUCCACUGAGGUGUCAGUCAUGCUUCUGACCUACAUGACUCUGGAGAAGUACCUGUGCAUUGUGUUCCCCUUCCACAACUACAGAGCCGGACGUAAACAGACGCUCUGCUACCUCAUCUUCAUCUGGGUCCUGGGUUUCAUUAUUGCCGUCAUUCCCUUAUGGGACAAGCAGACAUUUGGGAAUUACUACGGCAGGAAUGGAGUGUGUUUUCCACUUCACUCAGACGAGAUGGAGAAACCAGGGGCCCGAUGCUACUCCACUGGAAUAUUUCUGGGGUUGAAUCUCUUUGCAUUCAUCAUGAUCGUCUUCUCCUACACCAGCAUGUUUUACUCUGUACAGAAAACAGCUAAGACAGCAAGACAGUCUGUCUACAACAAGGAGGUCUCUAUAGCCAAGAGGUUUUUCUUCAUCGUUUUCACAGAUGCCAUGUGUUGGACACCUAUAUUCAUCCUAAAGAUCCUCUCUCUUUUACGAGUGGAAAUAGCAGGAACAAUCGUUCUAUGGGUGGUGAUCUUCAUCCUGCCCAUCAAUAGUGCUUUAAACCCCAUCCUGUACACCAUCACUGCCAGCUCCUUCCAGGAGAAACUCAAACUCUGCCUGAAGGCCAAGUGCAAACAGGCUGGGCUCAGGGAAACGUCCCAAAAAGUAUCUGAAGUCUACCAGAACCCCAGUGCUCCCCCUUAAUGAAAAGGACCCUCUCAGUCAGGGAGCUGGCCAACCGUCUUCCUGGAGAGCUACUGCCUGGGUAUGCCGGCUUUUGUUCCAGCCCUUCUGGAACACACCUGAUUCAAAACAUCAAGAUCUGGCUGAGCAUCUGAUUAGUAGGAUCAGUGUGUUUGAGCAGGGCUUGAGCAAAGCCUGCAUACUGAGUAGCUCUCCAGGAGGAGGGUUGGCUACCCAUGUUCUUAUUUAUUUGAUAGGGGUGAGAUGUAUUCUUGUAAUCAUUCUUUACCAGCAAGAGAACACAUUUUCUGGGAACCAAUUUAUUAACAAAUGUUUUGUGUGAAUACGUAAAGUACAGUUAUUGUAAACACAGAUGUGCAGAAUCACCAAUUAUUUUGCCUACCCAAUUGAUAUUGCACAAAUUGUAUUGUAUAAAUGUAUAAUAAAAAAUGUUACAAAAAAUAUUGAAAACAUAUAUGGAAUUGAAAAGGUGUAAAUGAGUGACGUGUUUUGGGUUUUAGGGUGUGACAUUUGGUUAGGUUUGGUAUAUUUGACAUUCAGAUGCAAUGUUACUACUUGCUUCUCAAGCGCAACUGUGACAAGAAGGUAAACAAGAAAACAAUUGAAAACGAAUUAUGAUGGUGAAAAAGGGCCGGGGGAUUUUGGGAGAGAAACUACACAUUUCACUAAGCCAGAACUCAAAAUAGCAUUCAUUCGUUUUUCAAUAUUUAAAUGUUUAUUGAUUUUCUACUCUGUUUUACAGUAAGAGCAGUAUAAUACAAAUAGGUAGUAAAUGAAGAGUAAAUAGUAAUAGAUGAGACAACUAAGAUAAACACAUUGUUGUGGGCUAAAAUGCAAGUUAUUUACAACUGCUUCAUUGAGUACAAUACAAUGGCCUGUUAUGUUACAAAAAGUAUUAACUCAAAACUACCCUGUAGUUUACAGAAAUGUAAUACUUGUGUGUUUAUGGCUAUUACUUCCCCACAAUUGUUAAAAUUAUGUUAAACGCAUUAGUUAUUCAAU